AUGAUUGAACUUGGAGUACAAUUCUACCGUGUGAGUUCUGGGAUAAUCCUGAGCUCCCUUCUCCAGAGUAUCUCCGUCACAUUCCAACAGACUAUAAAGAAUACUCCUAUUGAUUCGCCUCAUUAUAACUCAGCUCCGCCAUUUUCAGUUCCAGUACAAGUUCCUCCAAGUUUGCUCCAGUCAACCCAUGUUUUUGUCAGAGAAGAUGCUUCCAAACAUCCUCUGUCGUCUUCGCUGGUGAUUUCUCAAACUCCAAAAUACUUUUCUCUCCAGGUUGGUUUCAAGACUGACUCCAGGUCUGUGGGUAUAUUAAAACCAGUCCUCUCUGAGUUCCCUAUAACAGCCCAGGAAACCUCUUGCAAUGGUAGACCUCUGUCUCCGGUACCACCAGCUCCAAUGCCUCUGAAACUUCCAGUGCCUCUGAUGCCGCUGAUGCCUCCUUUACCUCCAAUGCCUCCUUUACCUCUGAUGCCUCCUUUACCUCCAAGUCUUCAUACACCUUUUUUGACAGCUAGAAGAGGGUUCGAUUUUCUUCUCUAG